AUGAUAUCCUAUUUAUCAUCUCUAUGUUUGAUUACCUUAUUAGGUUUUACAUAUUCCGAAUAUGUUUGUCAAAUUAUGCCAAAUAUUACAAUGAAUUUCGGUAUCUUGGGUGAACCAAUUGAUAAACGUCAAUAUGGGGGCAAUCAAUUAAAAUUUAUUGUUAUAUAUAGGCCAAGUAUGGAAAGGCAUCCUCUGUUUCAACAAUUCAAGACUCAAGUAGUAGAAAAAGCCCUUAAUUUUUGGCAAAGAACAUUAAGCGUUAGAAAACCACCAAAUAGAAAAUUGCUGAUUGAAAGAGGAUGCGCUGAACCAGUCUUUUACACAGAUGGUAGAACAGGUAAAAAGUUCUGUAAAUCACAAUGUAAAAAACAAGCUCUAUGCUAUGAUCAUCCAGUUCCAGAUCAAUACUCUUCCGGAUGUGCUGUGGGAAGUGGAGGUGACGAUAUAAGAGAUGUUUAUCAAGACGGUCCAGGAUUCGCACCAAAUGAAUAUGUUCUUUUUGUUGAAAGUGAAAAUAAACAAGGUUGUCUAUCUGGAUCAACAUUAGCUUAUGCUGGUCCUUGUGAAAUGCAUCCUACAACUGAUAGACCGAUUAUGGGUUCAAUCAAUUUCUGUCCUCAAAAAAUGGAAAUUCAAGAACCAGGAAAAACAAUGUUAGUUGGCACAGCUAUACAUGAACUAGGUCAUGCUUUGGGAUUUGUAAAAUCAAAUUUCGCAUUGAUGCGUGAUCUAGAUGGUAAACCAAGAACACCAAGAGAUCCUAAAUCAGGGAGGCCACCUUUAAAUAAUCAAAGACAAUAUGAUGCAAGUGAAAAUACAGUCAGAACAAUCAACCGUCCAUGGGUUACAGCUGCCGGAAAAUUUUCAAAAUCUUUCUUAUCUUUUGUUACACCAGCUAUGCUCGAGGAAGCACGCAAACACUUUAACUGUCCUAAUUUGGAUGGAGUUGACAUAGAGAACGAAGGUGGACAAGGAACAGUUGGUACACACUUCGAAAAGAGAGUAGUUGGUGAUGAAACAAUGGCAGGUGUUACUGGAGUGAAAACUGUAAUGUCAAGGCUUACAUUGGCAUUCUUCACAGACUCUGGAGGAAAAAGUACGGAACCCUACUGUGAUGAACCAGAUACUUUAAAAUGUUAUCAUCAAAAAGCAUUUGGUAUUUGUGCUGUUGGACGGUUUACUCAAAGUUUACCACCUAAUGAACAAUAUUUCAAAGAUCCUUCUCAAGGAGGGUCUAGUGUAUUAACAGACAGAUGUCCUAUGAUCCAGCCUAUGAGAUCCUUUUUCAAUGAACCAAUUGUAACAUACUGUGAUCAUCAGCUUAAUAUUCCUGUCGCUCAAAAAGGAAAUAUGUUUGCUCAAGAUUUUGGAAAUCAUUCAUUAUGUAUUAUGCAUAAAGGAGCAUGGAGAGCUCAAAUGAAUGGGAGAGCAACAAAUGAUCCUCGAGUUAAAGCCACCUGCCAUCAGUAUUCAUGUUCUGGUGGUCUACAAGUGAUUAUUAAUGGUAAACCAUUCCCAUGUAAUUCAGGGGUAGCUACAAUUCAAACUAAUCAAAUUCAAGGCGAAAUUAUCUGCCCUGAUCCUAAUGUUGUUUGUAGGAUAUAUUUACGAGCAGCGAUAAAGUAUUGGGAAGACGUAUUGACAGUCAAGAAACUUGGAAGUGGAAAACAACUAGCAAAAAGGUAUUGUGAAAGUGGAUACUAUUACACAGCUAUUGGGAAUAAUUCCAUAUUUUGCCGUCAGUCGAUGUGCAAACGCGAUGUUAUGUGCGGACAAGUGAAAAUUCCAGAUCAGUAUGUAGGGGAAUGUUAUCAAGAAUAUUAUAACCGAUUACACAGAACUUACAAUAAUGGAAGUGGAAUACCACCUGCCGGUUAUAUCCUACUUGUUGACGCUAUAAAUACGCAUACCUGUUCUGGUAGUACAGCAGCAUUUGCAUCAUCAUGUUUAAUGGAUGAGGAAACAGAUAGGCCAAUUCUUGGAUUUGUAAAUGUGUGCCCAGGAAAAAUGGGAGUUGAUUAUCCUGAAGAUAGAAAUUCACGUGGAAUUUUCUUACAUGAAAUUGGUCAUGCGCUUGGAUUUUCAUCAUCCAGCUUCCCUUUUAUGCGCUUUCCAAAUGGGACAGCUCGAACUCCCAGGGACGAUAAACGUAAGCCAAAGUACAAAGAUCAAUAUGGAAAUUAUGUUCCGAGGAAAAUUAUCCCAUUCUGUGACACUGUUAAUGAAGGAAGAUGUCGGGAUGCAUUCUCAUAUGGAACAUGUAGUAUUUUGAGAUAUCAUCAUCCAGUUCCCAUAGAAGAUCGGUUCUUCCUAAAAGCCCCAUUUGAUACUCAAUAUGGUCCUGAAUAUUUCGGUGGGGAAGAUCCAUUUAAAGAUUAUUGUCCAACAAUGGCUUACAAGUGUUAUAAUGAUGGAACGCUUGGUUUAUUCUUUAAAGAUUCAACUGUGAAUUGUACCAGGAAAGAUCUGCCAGUACGUUUUAAUGUAACUGAUGGAAAAUCGAGACUUAGUGGGGAAAUCUUAUGUCCUAAUGUUAACAGGUUUUGCAAGGAGCAUGGAUUACCUAUUCAUUCUGAUAAAAUGGAUAAACGAGACAUGCAUCCUCGAAGAUUAACGUUCUAUCCAUAUUUUACUGAAAGUUUUCAUAGAUUGCAGUACUCUGUCAAACUUUUGGAAUUCGCACAUCAGGCAAUGCAAUUUUGGCAAGAAGCAUUAACAGUUAAAAGACCAGAAAAAACUAAUCAACUUGCUCAAAGAUAUUGUGAAAGUUCCAAAAACUACAUUACUUAUCCAAAGGAUUCUGUUUGUAUUGAAUCACGAUGCCAAAUUCAAGCAAAAUGUGGUCAUAUAGAUAUCCCAAAUGAAUAUUCAUCUGAAUGUUCAGAAAAGUACAAUGAAAGGUUGCAUAGACUAUACACUAAUGGGAGUGGGAUUCCAUCUGCCGGUUAUGUCGUACUUUUUGACGGUUAUCAAACAAGGAGCUGUACCGGCAACGUAGCAGCUCAUGCUGGAUCUUGUUUAAUGGAUCUAGAUACUGACAGACCAAUUCUUGGAUAUGUUAAUAUAUGUCCAGGUAAACUGAAAAUUGAAUAUCCUGAUAAUAGAUAUUCACUUGGAAUUUUCACUCAUGAAAUUGCUCAUGCACUUGGAUUCUCGUCAUCUAGUUUUGCAUUUAUGCGUUUUCCUAAUGGAACUGAACGAACUCCCAGAGAUCAUUGGCAUAAACCGGUUCACAGGGAUAAACAAGGUUAUUAUAUACCAAGCGACAAUACAAUGAUCAAAAUUACAAGGGAAUGGGAAAGUGCAGAAGGGAUGUUUAGAAAGGAUUUUUACUCUUUCGUUACACCUUCCAUCUUGGGAGCUGCAAAAAAGCAUUUGAAAUGUGCACGUUUAGAUGGAGUUGAUUUAGAAAAUCAAAAACAUCGUGGACCGAUUGGUUCUCAUUGGGAAGGGAAAACAUACGGAAAUGAAUUAAUGACUGGAAGAAUAGAAGUAGACUAUGCUGUAUCUAAUAUGACUUUAGGUUUCUUUGAAGAUUCAGGAUGGUACAUCGUUAAUUAUGAAAAAGCUAUGAUUUGGGAAUAUGGUAAAAGAUUAGGAUGUGACUUUGCUGAAAAAAGCUGUUAUGCAUUUGCUAAAAUUAAAAGACGAAAGAACAAAACAAUUCAUCCAUUCUGUGAUAAGGUUAAUUUAGUAACAUGUCGGGAUUUAUAUUCAUAUGGAAUAUGCCAUAUUAUUAAAUAUAAUGAUGAAAUUCCCCCUGAAGAUCGUUUUUUUAAAACUCCUCCAUUUGAAACUCCAUAUGCAGCUAAAUACUUUGGAGGUGAUGAUCCAUUUAAAGAUUAUUGUCCAACUCAAACUUGUAUAUUAGUUUACAAAGAUUGGUCAUCAUCAUCAUCAUCAUCAUCAUCAUCAUCAUCAUCAUCAUCGUCAUCAUCAUCAUCAUCAUCAUCAUCAUCAUCAUCAUCAUCAUCAUCAUCAUCAUCAUCAUCAUCAUCAUCAUCAUCAUCAUCAUCAUCAUCAUCAUCAUCAUCAUCAUCAUCAUCAUCAUCAUCAUCAUCAUCAUCAUCAUCAUCAUCAUCAUCAUCAUCAUCAUCAUCAUCAUCAUCAUCAUCAUCAUCAUCAUCAUCAUCAUCAUCAUCAUCAUCAUCAUCAUCAUCAUCAUCAUCAUCAUCAUCAUCAUCAUCAUCAUCAUCAUCAUCAUCAUCAUCAUCAUCAUCAUCAUCAUCAUCAUCAUCAUCAUCAUCAUCAUCAUCAUCAUCAUCAUCAUCAUCAUCAUCAUCAUCAUCAUUAUCAUCAUCAUCAUCAUCAUCAUCAUCAUCAUCAUCAUCAUCAUCAUCAUCAUCAUCAUCAUCAUCAUCAUCAUCAUCAUCAUCAUCAUCAUCAUCAUCAUCAUCAUCAUCAUCAUCAUCAUCAUCAUCAUCAUCAUCAUCAUUUAGGUUCUUUGUUCAGAGAAUAUAA